UCAUUAGUGAACCUUGAAUCGUUGAUAGGUAGACUAUUGGAAACACUAAAAAUGUUAAAUCGAAAGGUUUUUGUACUUCUUUUCAUUGGAGUUUUGUUCUGUGAGCUCCUAAUUUCAAGCGUGGAAGCAGGAGGGAAGGAGUCUACAUCCAAAUCAAAAGGUGCUCCAAGUGGUGUGAAAUCCAAGUUGAAAAAUGCUAUCAAAUCAAGUCAAAAACCAGCUUCUAAAGUUGCUGGCAAGCUACGUGAAUAUGCCGACAAUGUAAAACAAGAAUAUAAUAGAGAAAUUACCGAUGAGGAGGUAGAAGCACGCCAUGCAUCGCACUCCCCGGCAGAUAAUUUUGGAAGAGCUCAAUACGAUUACAUCUUUGGCGAAGCUGAUCGUAUUACUGCUGCUUACACUGGACAAGAUGUAGUUCAUCCUUACGAUUAUUAUCAAGGAGAUGGAUAUGCUUCGGGCAAAAAACCACAGUACUUGAAAGAUUAUGACGAUUAUGUGAAACAAUUAAACCUACAAGAACAUGAUUAAUAACUGUCGUCGUCAUUGAAUAAUUUAUUCAGCCAAGAAUUUAACUGAAUUUAUUUGAAUGAGUAAUUGUUUAUAAAAAUGAAAUUGAGGUCGUAAUUCUACUGUAAAAUUCCUUAACCCUCGAAAUUAUUGCAAUUAAAAUAAUUUACUAUUCAGAAGCAAA